AUGUUCCGUUCCGCUGUUGCCCGGUCGCUGCGCGCAGCCUCUUCCAUACCUCGAAUCACCAGACCCUCUCCGGCCUCUUUCCAGAUCCCCAGGAGCCCGCUCUCUGCCGUCCGUGCAACCCAAUCCCAAUUCCCCUCAUGUUUCACCUGCCAGGCCAUCCGAUCAUAUUCUUCGCCUGCUGGCCUAACCCACUCGGAGAUUGAGGGCAGAAUAGUCGAUUUGCUGAAGAACUUUGACAAGAUUACUAGCACCUCGCACUUCUCGAAUGACUUGGGAUUGGACAGCUUGGAUACCGUCGAGGUCGUGAUGGCCAUUGAGGAGGAAUUCAGCAUCGAAAUCCCAGAUAAGGAAGCCGAUGCCAUCCAUAGCAUUGACCAAGCUGUUACCUAUAUUAGCUCCCAACCUGAUGACCCCGAUGAUGAGUGA